CGGGCGUUCCCAUCGGUGUCUGCAUAGGGAGAGUCGUUAGAGUAUGCGGAUGCAAGGCGUUGCGGUGGAGUGCUGGUUAGGGCACACGGCCGCAGGGCGGUUGCGAUGCGAGCGACGCGCGAUCGCCACUCCACGCUUCGGCUCGACGUUGUAAAAGGACGGAGAGGGAGAGAGAGAGAGGGCGCCCCGAUCGAAACCACUCACCUUCCUCCGCCUCCAUCUUCCUCGCUCGACUUACCGCCGCCGAGCUCGCUGUCUCCCAGCACGCGAAUCAGAGCGCCACCGGAGGAGAGAAGCUCGCCGGAGAGAAACUUGGAGGGACCCCGUCGUGGCUCGUCGAUCUUGUUUGAAUGAAUGAGAUGAAAUCAAAGAUAAAUGGAACUGGAUCCAUUCAAACAACUCAUAAGACGAAUUAUGAUCAAGGCAAUGGAACAAAUUGGGUUCUUGUUAUAGGAGGUGCCUUGCUGAGCACACUUUCGAUUAAGCUUGGAUGCCAGCUGAAACGAAUCCUUGAUAACAAGCAGCAAGAGAAAGGCAACAAGGAAACCUGGAAAUCUAAAGCUAGGAGAUCAAGAGCCCAUCAAUUGCAAUCGGAUAUCUAUCUUUUCGCUCAAGACGAGGGAAAUCGCUCCCAAUUUCUUUCAGAGAUUUCAAGUGGCGGCAUGCAAUCCAGAAGCUCAUUAACAGAAGGAGCUGAUCUCUCUCUUCCCCUGGUAAAAGUCUCAGGUGCAGAUACUAAAACAGGUGAACCACCUGAGCUUCUUGAGCUGCCCUGGAAGCCAUGCCACCACUCAAACUGCUCCGACUCAUACUUCUCGGAGUCUGGAUCUGACAUCUAUACCAAGAAAGAAGUAAUACAGAAGCUAAGGCGGCAGCUCAAGAGACGAGAUGAGACAAUAAUGGAGAUGCAAUCCCAAAUCACAGAGAUGCAGAAUUCUCUGCACAUUCAAAUGGCUGAAGCAGCGAAUCUCCAGGCCCAAAUCGAUGCUUCCAAUAAUGACUUGUUCAACAGCCAACAAGAGGUCCAGCGUCUAAGAAAGGUGAUUGCUGAUCAUCAUAUUGGAGAGACAAAGAACUGGUCUCCGCUGCAUGCGAAUGGGCUGGUAAGCGCCUAUCCCGAUAGCUGUGAUGGCUUGGAGUCACACUUUCUUGGAGUGGACAAGGGAAAAGUAGAUGGGGAGAUGGUUGAGAUGCUAAAGAAAGAGACGAGUGAGCUGAAGGAAGUCAUCGAAGGGAAAGAUUUCUUGCUUAAGAGCUAUAAGGAACAGAAGGUGGAGCUGUGCUCGACGAUCAAGGAAUUGCAACAGAAAUUAGAUUCGCUAGUCCCGGAUAUCCUCUAGUGCUUUUGCUCUUGGUCUUGUUCACCUAGGUAGGAUAACAAUCCUUUAUUGUUCUUCCAAAGCUGAUUUUUUUUCUCUUUCGAUCUCGCUGGGAAUUUAAAAGUUUGUAUAGAUUUUGGUUUGUUGUUACUGCAUUGUUUGCUGGAGAAAUCAUGAAAAAAAGUAGAUACUCGUGCUUUGAUUCCUA